GACAUGAUGACGAUCAAGCGAGAAAAAAUUUGAGUGCACUAUCGGAAAAAUCGAGAAGAACAAGGAAAUACAAGAGAAAAGAGAGCCAGAAAUCUAGGGCAACGCACUUCUCGAGCAGCGGACGGCCGACACAAGGAUUCCGAGCCUGCCUUGGAGCUUUGUUUAUUAAUCUGGAGUGUGGCUAUAGAUUUCAAGACGUUAACCUUCGGUCUGGUUCUGUUCAUGUUGAGGAUUUGGGCCUUACAGAUUUUCUUUUCAUCCUUAGAUAUUUUCUUUUUUUCCUUAUCAAUAAUAUCUUUGAGGAUUGUUGGGUGCUGCAUUAAUCAAGGUAAACUGUGAGCUGUCACCCAGGCUGACUAAUUGGCAAGAUAUCAUGUGAUUCAAGUUUGCAUUGUAUUGGUUGAUGGGAUUGAGCUGGAGAAGAUAGGAACUUAAUUAUUAUUAUUGUUAUCAUCUAAAUAGUUGGGAAGGGUGUAAAGAUUUCAUUUUGCCUUCUGUAUGGUGUAGAUUUUGGCUUUGCAAAGACUGAAGAUCUGCGGAGCCCUUAUCAGCAAUUAUUUGUUGAUAGAAAGAGAUGGGGAAGCCACUCUUGUACGAGAUUUGGCAAAAACCUGCAAGUAGCUGUAUCAUAGGAAUUUGCACUGUGAUUUGGUUCUACAUUCAGAAGAAAAACAUUGGCUAUGCCAAUGUUGGCUUGAGUUAUGAAACAGCGGUCGAAGGGCAUUACUGGAGAAUGAUUACAUCUGCAUUCUCCCAUAUCAGCGUGGUUCAUCUGGUUUUUAACAUGAGCGCUCUUUGGAGCCUUGGCGUGGUUGAGCACUUGGGCUACAUGGGUCUUGGUGUAGAGUUUUAUCUCCAGUAUACUUUAGUUCUGGUUGUUUUAUCAGGAUUGCUGGUCCUGGGUGUGUAUCAUAUUCUGAUUCAGAAGUUUAAGCUGGAGUAUUUCAGGAGAGUGACAGCAGUUGGUUACUCAUGUGUUGUGUUUGGGUGGAUGACAAUCCUUGCCGUGAAGCAGCCAUCUUCAAAGCUGAAUCUAUUUGGGUUUCUCUCUCUUCCAAUCAGCUUUGCACCAUUUGAAUCAUUAAUUUUCACGUCCAUAAUUGUUCCACAAGCAAGUUUUAUUGGCCACUUGUCAGGAAUUGUUGUCGGUUAUUCCAUAGCUUGGGGUUUGAUUCAUGGAAUGAGUAAUUACUGGGCCAUUUCGAUGCUUGGAUGGAUUAUUCUUGUGUUUCUCUUGAGCCUUAAGCGCACUGGAGCUUCUAACUUGAGUUUUAUUGAGAUUGAGCCAGUUACAGAUUCUUCAUUAUCUACUGUGGGCUUUCUUGCUUCUGGGAAUGGUAGAACUCUGCAAAUGGGCAUUCUUCCUCGUAGAGUUGCAGAACUUGUAUAGCCUACAGAUGAGACCAUGUGGUUGUUCCAUAGAUGAUUGGUCUGUCAUGGAACAUUGUCUGCUUAUGCAUAUGCGAGAAUUGGGAUCACUCAUAUAUCCUUUCCUGUCUCUGUAUUUGUUAUGCAAGCUUGUUCUCUGUCAAAGUUCCAAGAGGACCUUGAGAUUGUAUGCACCAUGCUUGGUCAGAAAAUGGAUUCUGAAAGCCAGGGCUGCAUCUCUCAGUUGGUCCAUAUUCCUGGUGAAAAAUUCUUUUGGGGUUUUCGUGGCUAGCUUGUGGAACUUGUUAAAAUAAUCUUUUCAAUUUUGCUUCACUCUGAAGUGUAGAUUUUAGUUUGUUGGGUCUCAUAUUUUUAAUUAAACUAAAUAUCUUGUUCUUGUUAUUGCAUU